GUAACUCUUUUAAUUGUUUUCAGAUCAUACAAAAGCCCGGUUUGUACAUUAAAAUGCUGUCGGAUUAAACCAGUUUGCGAACACUAAUCCUUUAUCAACAGAUCGAGCUCCGGCUUGAUAAAAAGAAGCGCACCCACUCACAUCCUGCUCGUUCAUAUUAAUGAGUGAAGGUCAGGACGCCUCUGAUUGGUCCCCGACCCCAGUUUCCAGGACAACCGAAACAAAACGAACCGUUCUACUGACUACUGUGUUUGAGCACUACAGCAAAAUACAAAGUAAAUAAAACUCUAUUUUUAUAUUCUUUUCUCUUGAAAAUGGAUGGAAAGACAGAAGGUAAGACAAAGAGUGACAGGGUGGUCUCACCAGAUCCCUCUAAUGAGAAGGACAGUUCUGUGAUCACUGUUAAUAGAAAUGAAACAGAAGGUGUCCCAGCUGAAAUAGUUGCAUGGGAUCAUGAUGAAGAACACAGUGGAAGUAUGACAGCAGCUGACGGGGCUCCUGUAGAAGAAGAAGCAGCCCCCUCUGAGCCACGAGAGAGCGUUGGAAAGGACUUCCUGGUUGUCGAUGACAUCACCACAAGUCAAGACUCGGCUGUGGAGAGCGUUGGAAAGGACUUCCUGGGUGUCGAUGACAUCACCACAAGUCAAGACUCGGCUGUGGAGAGCGUUGGAAAGGACUUCCUGGUUGUCGAUGACAUCACCACAAGUCAAGACUCGGCUGUGGAGAGCGUUGGAAAGGACUUCCUGGGUGUCGAUGACAUCACCACAAGUCAAGACUCGGCUGUGGAGAGCGUUGGAAAGGACUUCCUGGGUGUCGAUGACAUCACCACGAGUCAAGACUCGGCUGUGGAGAGCGUUGGAAAGGACUUCCUGGGUGUCGAUGACAUCACCACAAGUCAAGACUCGGCUGUGGAGAUAAAUGAAGUCAAUGAGCAGCAAAUGGCCCACGAAAAAAUGGUUGAAAUUAGCAGCAAUGAUGAGCACGGACUUCCCAAACAGGAUUUUGAAACCCUGGAGAGGCAGAAGAGCAGUCCUACCCUGGAGGAGCACAAGGAGGACGCCAACUGUGAAUACAUCAAGCUCUUCCACAAGCUGUGUGAGGACAGGGAUCAGGCCAGCCAACGCUGCAGCCUGCUGCACAUGAAGCUGGCAGAGUUUUUCCACAGGAAGGCCCAGGACGACACUCAGCUGCACGGGGAGGCGGCGGCGUCCGAGCAGCUGGAGCAGGAGUAUGACGACUACAUGAACGUCCUCACUGAUCUGAAGCAGAAGCUCUCCACUGAGUCAGAGACGGCUCAGCAGCAGGCGGAGGAGCUGAGCUCAAAGGCCCAAGAGGAGCUCCACAGGGUGGAAAAUGAAUGGCAAGCAUUUGUGGCACUGAAGCAGGAUGUUGCUGUGAGCGUACUGAGCCGAUACCUGGGGAAACAAGCUGCUCAGACCAAAGUUGAGGCAACCCUCACAACAGAGGAGCUUCUGCAGCAGGAGCUGAUCAAGCUGCGCUGCAAGCACCUCAAGCUGAAGAUCAAGACCCACAGGCUGGAGGCGGAGCUCCGUCAGGGGGACACACACGCCAAGGACACGCUCAGUCUCCAGUUUGAGCAGCUGCACGCUGAGAGGCUGGAGCUGAAAAAACAGACUGAAAAGCAAAAUGAGGAAUCUUUAAAGAUGCAGAAGAAGAUCAGCAGCAGCUUGGAGCUCCUGUCAAAUGUGAAGGAGAAGCUGUUCUGGAGCCAGAUGGAGGUGAAGGCCAAAGCAGAGCAGCUGGACAUGACGGAGGCCUUGGUGGCCAAGAAGAGGGAUCUCCUGACCAGAACUAGGCAGGCACGCAACAGCCUGCAGAGAGACAACGUGAGGCUGAAGGAGCAUCGGGGACUACUGGGGAACAGGAUAUUGCUUCAGGACUUUGAGUCCACUGUAGACGCCUCCAACCUCCUGGAGGAGCAACUGGAGGAGCUGAAGUGCCGGCAAGGUCAGAUUGUCUUCAGUUGUGGCAGAUAGAAGAAGGAGCUGGAGAAGUUCAUGAGUGAAGGAAGAAAUGACUGAAUUAGCAUCUUAACCUCCUGAGACCCAAGCUUUUGUUUUGUAUGUAUUGUUAGUUUCUCCUAGAUAUUUUGGAUCAGUAGGACCUGAUAAGUACAAAAACUAAGCAUUGUCUUUGAACAGGGUUAAUUUUU